UUCAAAUCCUUUCUCUCAAUCACUUUAUUGAUAACCAUAAUCGAAAAUGCGAACGUCACCAAAUAUCAUAAUCACAGGUACUCCCGGAGUUGGGAAGACAGUGCACUGCGAGCAGCUAGCCCAAGAUACCGGCUUGCGACAUUUAUCGAUAAACCAGAUUGCGAAAGACCGAGACUGUAUUGAAACCUAUGACGAAGAAUUGAAAACAUGGGUAGUAGAUGAGGACAAACUUCUAGAUGCAAUUGAGGAUGAGGUACUCCAAGGCGGCUAUCUGAUAGACUGGCAUGCUUGUGAUCUGUUUCCUAAAUCCUGGAUCGACCUUGUUGUGGUACUGCGUUGCCCUUCUACGUCCACUCUAUAUGACCGUCUCAGCUCACGGGGAUACCAUGAAACGAAACUACAAGAGAAUCUAGAUGCAGAGAUUUUCGGGGUCCUCAUCGAGGAAGCCCGCGAGGGUUUUGAUGAAGAGAUUGUGGUUGAACUAAAUAGUGAAGAGGACGGCGACGUAGAAGCCAAUUGCGCUAGAAUAGCUUCCUGGAUAGAGAACUGGAAAAGCGACCAGUCAAAGAAUUCAGAUUAG